UUAAUCAGCCUCCUCAGCUCCUUUUCGUCCGCUCCCCUUGACCUCGGCAAGCUUCUUGCCGCCUUUGAUGAGAUGGAAUGUCGGCAGCAUGUCGGUUGGCCUCUCGUUGAAUGCCAGGUUGUCCACAUCAACCUUGCCGAAUGUGACUGCGGGGUACUCGUGGCUGAGGGAUUCGAGCUUCGGCGCUAUUCGAUCGCAGGCAACGCACCAGGAGGCCAUGAAAUCGAUGACGAGGAGGACUGAUGGCGGCGUAUCUCUCUUGAUGGCCUCCAGAGUAGGUCCAUCGGCGAUGUGGAUGAUCUCGUUCUCCUUGCCGACCUCGGUUAAGCCAGAGGGCGUCACUGCACACACAUGGACAGCUGGCAAGUGUGCGUGUGUAGAUCGAUCUCUAUCUCGGUCUCUCUCUCACACUGACCGUCGUGGUGGUGGUGGUGGUGGUGGCAGCUGCAGCCUUUCUCGCCUGUCUUGCACUGGCACCCUUUCUCCUUGCCGGGCUCGGUCAAGUCAGAGGGCGUCUCUGCACAGACAUGGACAGCUGCAAGUGUGUGCGUGUGUAGAUCGAUCUAUGUCUCUGUCUCUCCCUCUCUCUCGCACUGACCGUCGUGGUGGCACUUGCAGCCCCCGCAGCUGCAGCCUUGGCAGGUGCAGCCCCCACCAGACCCUUCCCCGCCCCCUUCCUGCUCGCCGGUCACUGCACACACAUGGACAGCUGGCAAAUGUGUGCAUGUGCAGACCUUCUCUUUCUCUUGCUGACCGUCAUGCUUGAAAAGCACAGUCUUGACGUACCACACACACACACACACACACACAGAGAGAGAUAGAGAGAGAGAGAGAGAGAACGAAGCAGCAGUCCAGACUCCGUACAGAAGGUGUGUGUUUCAUUAGUCAGUGCUCACGUCUGUGUCGAUGUAGACCUUGCCGCCCUGACAGAUACGCAUAUAUAGAAAAAGCGACAGAGAGAGAGACACAAGAAUGUAUCGGAAGUGGUGCGUGAGCAUCAGGCGGGAGACGCUGACCGGCGCGAGGAGCGAGUGAAUGUUCUGCCAAAAUGGGGUUUUGAGCUUCAAGGCCGGCAGCCACUGGCUGAUAUUUUUGUCUGUCGAUGGCGGGGUAUCCGCGGUGUCCCAGUAGAUGGGAAAAAGGGCACGACAAGAGCACGAUGUGAUGGAAGUGGUGGAGCGGAAGUCCUAGAUUCUUGUGGGCAGAAUCGACCUGCAAGGAAUGCAUGCAUGAGGGGAUAGCAAUAGCUGCAGGAGUCUCUCACCUACCUGUGCAGUGUUUUCCAUGUCGAGCUGCCAAAAAGGCGGCACAGGAACGUAGGCGAGGAGAGACCACGCAUCAGAAUUCUUGUUAUCGUUGACGAUGCCGUGGUCAGGGAUCUCAAACUGGACCAU